UUUUGGCUGGCCAGCAAAAUCUGACGACUUCAAUAGGACCCGUUCACUAUCAAAAAACACUGCAGUGAUCCAUCGGUCGUGAGCAAGUUAUCACCUCUACUAGAAGCAUGUCUGACGCCGCUGUGAACCCCAAGGCCUACCCGCUUGCCGACGCCAAGCUGACUGUGUCCAUCCUGGACCUGGUGCAGCAGGCUACCAACUACAAGCAGAUCAAGAAGGGCGCUAACGAGGCCACCAAGACGUUGAACCGCGGCAUCUCCGAGUUCAUUGUCAUGGCCGCCGACACGGAGCCCCUGGAGAUUCUGCUGCACCUUCCGCUGCUGUGCGAAGACAAGAAUGUACCAUACGUGUUCGUGCCCUCCAAGGUCGCCCUGGGCCGCGCUUGCGGUGUGUCGCGCCCCGUGAUUGCUGCCUCGAUCACGUCCAACGACGCCUCGCAGCUGGGCCCGCAGAUCCAGAGCAUGCGCGAGCAGAUCGAGCAACUCCUAAUUUAAGCGCUCACGACUGAUCCCCAGCAGACUCUGCCGGUCACUUGUGGUGUGUAGUAGGGCUUUUGGCGUCAAUGCCAAAGCCAUAGCAGCUGCAAUGACCAGCUGCAGACCUUUUGGUGUGCUAGUCAAGCGCACAGAUAAACUGCUGUAAUGCCAAAACAACUCAACGCAUUUUGCGGUGUUUUCCAA